CCCCUCGCCCGCACAGACCUGAAGCCGCAGAACGUGUUGCUAGAUGGAGCUGGCCACGUCAAGGUGUGCGACUUCGGCCUUGCCAAGAUCAUGCACCGUACGAUGAUGUCGACGAGGAAUGUACAUGCGGGCACACCCGCCUACAUGGCGCCCGAGCAGUUUGAGGGGAGCAUGAUUUCUGAGAAGGUGGACGUGUAUGCGUUCGCCAUGACCAUGUACGAGUGCCUUACGGGGGUGUUGCCCUGGAGCUGGCUGGACGGCGACGUGCAGGUUUGCAGAGGAAUCGUGAGGGGCCGGCGGCCGAAGCUGCCAGGGUGGACACCCCCCUUCCUGGCUGACCUCAUCAAGGCUUGUUGGGUGGGGGAGCCGGGGGACAGGCCGCCCUUCAGUCACCUGGUGCACUGGCUGCAG